AUGGUUCUGACUCUGAACUUUUGUGAUUCUAUCCUUCCUCAGUUGCACAAUGAGGACGAUCCCUCUGAAGGGGCCGCCGGCGCAGAGCCGUCCACAUCCUCCCAGGCCGCUGCCGCCUUCGCAGGCAUCAGCAACCCCGCGGUGGAUACAGAAGCUCCGCCUCCUUCUUAUGCCAGCGUGGCGCUCGGAGCAACAGCUGCACCAGAGAGCACAUUUCCGGGGGACUUUCCCGUUCCUCCACCAUACAGCAUUGCCACGUCUCUGCCCACUUACGAUGAGGCAGAGAAGGCCAAAGCGGCAGCCAUGGCUGUCUCAGCGGUGGAGGUCAUUCCACGAGUGAGUAUCUCAUCGGCCUACGCACCCACACGUUCUGCAGAACCAAAUGCCAAGCCCUCGAUUCGCACAACUUUCCACUGCAGCUUCGGUACAGUCCAAAAAAAUUCCCUCAAAGGAAAUACAUUGCUGUACAGCUCUGUUGUGAGCUGCGGUAUCAGUGUGGAGCCGGGCUGGGUUACUACCAAAGGCGUAGAGAGCACAUUUCCGGGGGACUUUCCCGUUCCUCCACCAUACAGCAUUGCCACGUCUCUGCCCACUUACGAUGAGGCAGAGAAGGCCAAAGCGGCAGCCAUGGCUGUCUCAGCGGUGGAGGUCAUUCCACGAGUGAGUAUCUCAUCGGCCUACGCACCCACACGUUCUGCAGAACCAAACGCCAAGCCCUCGAUUCGCACAACUUUCCACUGCAGCUUCGUGGCCUUUCUGUUCAACUGGAUUGGGUUUUGCUUGUCUUUCUGUUUGACCAACACCAUUGCUGGCCGAUAUGGUGCCAUCUGUGGCUUUGGCCUCUCUCUUAUCAAAUGGAUCCUCAUUGUGAGGUUUUCAGAUUACUUUACUGGAUACUUCAAUGGGCAGUACUGGCUCUGGUGGAUUUUCCUUGUUCUUGGACUCCUGCUGUUCUUCAGAGGGUUCGUGAACUACCUGAAAGUGCGUAACAUGUCAGAAAGCAUGGCGUCUUCACUCCGAACCCGCUUCUUCCUCCUGUACUAGAGGUCGCCUCACCAAAACAUUCCUUCCUAAUGUGAAAUUCCUUGAUGAUUUGCAACCCAUCAAAUGAACUGGACUGGAUCCCACUGAGGGGAAGAGGAAGAAGAGAAAAAAUAAAACCGGUAUCUCUGUCAAACGUUCUGAACUGAACUUGGUAAAAGCGGAAGGUUUUUCUGUGCUCUGAACGAGUGCAAAUCCGCUCCAGUUUUCACAUUGUAACUCCCAGUUGGCCUCAGCCCAUAAACGUCUGGUUGAUUACUAGAUUUGGACAAGACAAAAAAAGUCACUUUACGCUUAAUCUUUCCACACACUGCAUGCGGAGUAAUGGAUUUGUGUACUUGGGUCGGGAAAAACUGCAAAAGAUCACUAGAAAUAUGCAGCCAAGACAUCCUACGCAAUGUCUUUUACCAAACUGGGUUAGCAGUCUUAAACAUAUGAAAUUAGACUAGUUUAAUUCUCUUUGCUUCGUUGCAUCCAAGGCCUUGGCAAAUUUGAUUGCAUUGCAGUAUUAAUAUACCAAGUUUAGAUAGAAUUUGACGCGUAACUUUAGCUAACGGUGAUGUAAAGUACAGUUGCACAGUUUCUCUUCUUCUUAAGUUAUGUCUCGCUUAACUUAAUAGUAAAUGAUUAAGAAACUUAAUUGAUGUGUUUCAAACUGGAAAUGGAAUUUGUACUUAUCCUAAAAUAUAUAAUUACCUUUUGCACCUUCAGUUUUCCCCCCUCUUUUUAUAGGUUUUUUUAAAGUUGUGACUUUGCUCAAGCUGUGACCUGCCUAGAUGACUUUAGUUACUUGAAUGCCUGAAUGCAACUGUCAUUUGUUUCUAUUAAUCACAAGCCUCUUUAGCAAUAUCGGAUAUUAAAAGAAAUGCAUGGUUAACUCUGUUACAGCAGUUUAAACGACUAAUCCAGUAAACAAACAACAACAACAAA